AAUUAGUUAUUGAUCCUAAAGAACUAGCCUAUCCUGUGAAUACACCAAGAGAAAGGACAGUGUAUAGUGUAAAAGCUGUACUCUUAGCAAUUAAGGAAGGAAGACCAUUUCUUGUGAGUGAUAAAGGACAUAAAGAAUUAAAGAAGAUCCUUUCUAAUGAAUCGUUAUCAGAUAUUAGUAAUCUGUCACUAUUAGGAGGACGUGAUAUUAAGGAAGUGAUUGAAAUAAAGGAAGAAUUCAACACACCAUUGACUACAACAAAGCUAGAUCUUGCUGAUGUCAUUAAAGAAUUAACAUACAAUCAACAAUUGCCCCGUUCUGUAUGGCACAGACUAGGUCUACAGUUAGGAUUACAUGAUCGUAGACUAGUGGAUAUAGACACUGACUAUAGAGGAAAGACAGAGGAGUGUUUCCAUGAGUGUAUGUCUGCCUGGUUAAGAGGAGAAGAUAAAGUGAGAGAGAAAGGAGGUCCCAGUUGGUCAUCAUUAGCUACAGCACUGGAUACAAUAGAAGAAAAAUCUACUGCUUCUUACAUUAGAAAUAAAUAUUGUCCAUCAAAUUAGUUGAUUGAACUACAUGCAUGUUCCUCAUCUGUUUAGUUGUUUUAUUUGAUAAAUUAUAUAUUUAAAGAUUAAA